AUGCAAUUCCGCUCUAUCAUCCUCGCCGCCACCGGCCUGCUCUCUGUUGCCUACGCUGCCCCAGCUUCCGGCAGCCCUGUCCCUGAGAACCCGCUGUUGACUCGCCAGUGCGCCGCAAAUGGCGUCUGCGCACCCAACCCCACUGCUUGCUCCAACCUUCGAUGCUGCUCAGGCGCAAAGCAGGGUCGAGGAGGUGGUGUCUGCUGCUGUGUUUCUUUCCCUUAA